CUGGCGGUGCUUCGCGCUGUGCGCCGCGCCCCAUACCGCCGAAGCGUGGCUCGGGGCGUGGCGCUUACGUAAACACGCGUGGCACACAGCUCGCGCUGCGGGCGGCGCGGGGCCGCGCCACUCUCCGUCCGAGAACGACCUCAUGGCCCGCGCCGCCGCCUGAGUCUAUGUGGAUAGCUGCACGGAGGCCGCGCCGCCGCCGCUGCCACUGCCACCGCCGCCGAAUUUCGCGCUUAUAGCAUCAGUAGUGGAGAUGCAGGCGCAUACAGCGUUGAUGGCCCUGGCGGCCCUGGGCGCGCUGGCGGCGGCGGCGGAGCGCGGCGGCGGCAUCAAGGUGGGCGGCGGCGGCGCGGGCGGCGGCGGGCGCGAGGCGGCGCGCGGCGGCGGCGUGCGGCUCGGCGUGGACGGCCUGCGCCGGCCGCGCACCUCGCCUGCGCCGCCGCCGCCGCGCCAGCCCUCCACCAUCACCGCCGCCCUUGUCGUACCCCACAAAGCGUUCGGCGCACGCGAUUACACCAAAGCCGAGAAGGCGGCCCUCUCCAAACUGCCGCGCAAGCUCAAACUAUUCUCGCACGUGCGCCUCAACGUGACGCUUUCCAUGCAAGGCCUCACGCCUAGUCCUAUGUCUAUCCUGGACUCGCUAUGUAAAGAAUUUCUAGCGGUCAACGUGUCUGCUAUCCUUUAUCUUAUGAAUCAUGAACAAUACGGGCGCUCUACUGCCUCUGCACAGUAUUUCCUACAACUCGCCGGAUAUCUUGGCAUACCGGUUAUUGCGUGGAACGCGGACAAUAGUGGUCUAGAGAAGCGAGCAUCUCACGCGUCGUUACGGCUGCAACUGGCGCCGUCCAUCGAGCACCAGACCGCCGCCAUGUUGUCGAUCCUGGAGCGGUACAAGUGGCACCAGUUCAGCGUGGUCACCUCCGCCAUAGCCGGCCACGACGACUUCAUACAGGCCGUGCGAGAAAGAGUUUCGGCACUGCAGGAUCGCUUCAAGUUCACGAUCCUAAACGCCGUGGUGGUGAAGAAGGCGGCAGACCUGAACGAGCUGGUAACGAGCGAGGCGCGCGUGAUGCUGCUGUACGCGACGAGAGAAGAGGCCGCCGACAUCCUCGCCACGGCCAAGGACCUCCACCUCACCGGAGAGAGCUUCGUCUGGAUUGUCACUCAGAGCGUGCUCGGCUCCAUGCAGCAACCUAACAAGUUUCCCGUCGGGAUGCUAGGCGUACAUUUCGAUACAUCAUCAUCAUCGCUUAUUGGCGAGAUUGCUACUGCAGUGAAAGUGUUCGCGUACGGGGUAGAAUCGUACGUGUCAGAGCCAGAGAACGCCAGACACCCGCUUGGUACGAGGCUAUCGUGCGGCGCGGGCGCAGGCGAGGCGCGCUGGUCCACGGGAGAGAGGUUCUACAGACACCUGCGCAAUGUCAGCGUCGAUGGCGAGGCGGGCCGUCCAAGUAUAGAGUUCACGCCAGACGGAGAACUGCGCGCUGCUGAGCUUAAGAUCGUGAAUCUUAGACCGGGGAUUGGUGAACAGCUUGUAUGGGAAGAGAUCGGUGCAUGGAACUCCUUUCCAAAAGAACGUUUGGAUAUCAAAGACAUUGUGUGGCCGGGCGACCUGCACACACCGCCGCAAGGCGUGCCGGAGAAGUUCCACAUGCGAAUCACUUUCCUAGAGGAGCCGCCGUACAUACACCUAGCUCCACCCGACCCGGUCAGCGGGCGGUGCUCGCUGGAUAGAGGAGUCAUCUGCCGCGUCGCACCUGAAGUUGAAGUAGCCGGAUUGGAAGCGGGAACAGCGCAUAGGAACAGCUCGCUAUACCAGUGCUGCAGUGGAUUCUGCAUAGACCUGCUCACGCAGUUGGCCGAACAACUAGGGUUCACGUAUGAGUUGUCACGCGUCGAAGACGGCCGCUGGGGCACGCUGCAUAAUGGCAAGUGGAACGGCCUCAUUGCAGAUUUAGUCAAUAAGAAGACUGACAUGGUCUUGACAUCUCUAAUUAUAAAUUCAGACCGAGAGGCUGUAGUAGACUUCAGUGUGCCGUUCAUGGAAACGGGCAUAGCGAUAGUGGUGGCGAAGCGAACUGGCAUCAUUUCACCCACCGCCUUCCUAGAACCUUUCGACACCGCGUCGUGGAUGCUCGUGGGCGCGGUUGCGAUACAAGCAGCGACGUUUUCUAUCUUCUUCUUCGAAUGGCUGUCCCCCAGUGGGUUCGAUUGCUCAACAGGGUCCAACUCAAAAAGGAUGCCACAGAAUAGGUUCUCGCUGUGUAGAACUUAUUGGAUUGUGUGGGCUGUAUUAUUUCAAGCGUCAGUGCACGUGGACUCGCCGCGAGGGUUCACCGCACGCUUUAUGACCAACAUGUGGGCGAUGUUCGCCGUAGUGUUCCUCGCCAUUUACACUGCCAACCUGGCCGCGUUCAUGAUCACGCGGGAGGAGUACCACGAGUUGAGCGGGCUGGACGACCACCGGAUAGCGCGGCCGCUCUCGCUCCGCCCACCGCUCAAGUUCGGCACGGUGCCGUGGUCGCACACGGACGCGACCCUCGCCAAAUACUUCCAAGAGCCACACGCUUACAUGAAACAGUACAAUCGUAGCACAGUAAGUGCAGGCGUCACAAGUGUUCUGACGGGCGAACUCGAUGCCUUCAUCUAUGAUGGCACCGUACUGGAUUACUUAGUAUCACAAGACGAAGACUGUCGACUUUUGACAGUAGGGUCGUGGUACGCGAUGUCGGGAUACGGCCUAGCGUUCACACGUAACUCCAAAUACCUCAGUAUGUUCAACAAGAGAUUGCUCGACCUGCGCUCCAACGGAGACCUGGAGAGGUUAAGAAGAUACUGGAUGACCGGUAUAUGUAAGCCGAACAAGCAGGAACACAAGUCGUCGGACCCGCUCGCUCUAGAGCAGUUCCUGUCGGCGUUCCUGCUGCUGAUGGCGGGCAUCCUGCUGGCGGCGCUGCUACUGCUCAUGGAGCACGUCUACUUCCGAUACAUGCGCGAGCACCUCGCCGCCUCUACCGCCGGCUCCUGCUGCGCGCUCGUCUCACUCUCUAUGGGACAAUCUCUUUCGUUCCACGGUGCCGUGGUAGAAGCGGCAAGUCGUGGGUACGGAGCUGCAGGCCGAGGUCACUGUCGCUCCGCUGUCUGCGCGGCACAAAUAUGGCGCGCCCGCCACGAGCGCGACGCGGCGAUGGCGCGCGCGCGGCAACUGGCAGCGGCGCUGGCGGCGCACGGGCUGCAGCCGCCGCCGCGACGCCUGGCGUCCGCGGCCGCGCUGCUGGCGGGGGGCGAACACGACGCCACGCACCCGCGCACGCUGCACGCGCCCGCUGACCUACUGCCCGACCUCGACCGCCCGCUCUCUUGCGGCGAUUUGCGAGCAAGAGAGCGGACACGAGUAGAAAUGGAAACAGUGCUGUGAGGCGCAUAUUGCGCCACCCUAUUUCAAUUCCUGAAGGCUGUUCUUACACCAAGUUAUACAAGACGAAGUUAGUUAUACCUAAUGUUAAAAUACGGACAGAUAAAAAAGCGUUGUAAUUAUUAAAUAAAUUAUUCCAAUUAUUAAAAACCGAGAGCUGGACGUAGAUAGCGAAGCGUUGUUGUGGGACGCGCGCGCUGCGCGGGCUGGGCGCUGUGCGCGCGUCCUCGUGUUGUCUACUACAAUAAAAUAUAUUUUUUGGACAAUA